AUGGCGUACUUCAAUCUCAUGCGAACAUUAUGGGGCGCUGGUGUGCUGGGUCUGCCUUUAGCUGUUAGUCAAUCCGGUAUCAUACUUGGACCCAUAAUGACAACAGCGUUGGGCCUUCUUAUUAUACACAUGCAUUUGACUUUGCUAUGGUGUCUCAAUGAAAUCAGUCGACAACUGAGGAUUCCAUACAUUUCUUACAGGUAUGGUUUCCGCGUAGCGCUUUUACAUGGACCAACCAUUUUGCACAGAAUCGGAGAAAAGGGCCCAAUGAUAAUAUCAAUAUUUAUGCUUAUGAGUCAAUUAGGGAUUUGCACGGUUUUCGUCAUAUUUACAACAGAUAGUUUAAGAGAUAUUAUGGAUUGGAAAACUUCAAAACCGGCUAUAUUGUCUCUGUUGAUUCCUUAUCUAUUCCUACAAUAUUUUAUGAAGACAUUGUCAAUUGUCAGCUAUAUAUCAAUGCUUGGUAAUUACUUGAACAUAGCGGGUCUUCUACUGAUAAUAUACCUCAUAUUCUUAGCACCUCAUGGAGUAAUCGUGUACGCUUGUACUGAUCCUUUAGCUUUAUUCUUCGUCAUUGGAACUAUCUUGUUUAACUUGAGCGCGGUUGCUGUCAUACUAUCCAUAGACAAGGCUUUAAAGGAUCCAAAGGUAUUGACGAAGCCAUGCGGAAUGCUAACAGUGGGCAUGUUUAUUCCAACCGUUUUUACAACUGUGUUCGGUGUGCUUGGAUACUGGUCCUUUGGCACGAUGGAGGAAAAUGUCCUAAGAUCUUUGCCAUUCGAUGAUUAUAUAUCAAUGGCAUCGAUUGGUUUAUACCUUAUAGCCAUAGCCUUCGCCUACCCCAUACAAUGCUAUCCGGCAAUAUCCAUGAUUGUAGAUGUGGUAAAAAAUUGGCACCCGCAAGACCCGCCAUCCGAUGAGAUGUUGAAAUGGAUUGAGGCCACAGCCAGACCCCUGUUCGUUAUGACUUCAUUUUUCAUAUGCUACCUUAUCCCCAUACAAGGAGCAUUUGUGGCAUUUGUGGGCAAUUUGUGCACCACCAUGCUUGCUUUCGUAUUUCCAGCUGUGAUGGAACUCUGUAUUUUGUACCCCAACGAUUAUGGAUACUAUAAAGUAUAUCUGAUCAAAGAUCUUCUUAUAGUGAUGUUUGGAAUGACUUCGUUUUUAGUAGGAGUACCUUUAGCAAGCUUACCUCUAUGGACUUGGGAUUGUAUCAACGAUAAAUGCGUCCCAACAAAAGCGACGCUCUCCGGUCGACUCCAGUCUCUAAUGACUUGUAAUAUGCUUUGCGCUUCUAUGACUCUUUGGCCACAGCCUACUGGACAAGUAAGCUUAUCGACCACAGCCGUACCAGUCCGGUCAGACUUAUUUCACCUGCAAAUAUUAUCUUUUCCAUCAAGGUCCGUUCGGGAACACGUCAAGGGUGCAUUCGAGAUAUUUCAAGGGGUCCUACGAAAAAUGGAACACGACGUACGUGUUUUUGAGGACUGGCGGACAGUUGCUGUAUAUGUAGAAAUUAGUGAGAGCGGGCAAGGAGAUCCAAGACUUCGACUGGAGACCGACGAAAGUUAUCGGUUUUCUCUUAGACCAAGGAACGGCACAACAAGGUCACUUCGAGUUGAUAUAUCUGCUAAUUCAUUUAGUGGAGUGCGUCAUGCUUUUGAAACUGUUUCACAGCUUGUUUGGUUUGAUUCUUUCGCCGGAUCUCUUUUCAUGAUGGAGGCUGCUAGCGUUGAUGAUGCCCCACGAUUCAAAUAUCGUGGUCUGAUGCUGGACACUGCUAGGAAUUACUUUCCUGUUAGUGACCUACUACUUACGAUAGAUGGAAUGGCUUCCUGUAAACUUAAUACAUUUCAUUGGCAUGCUACUGAUGCUCAAUCCUUUCCUCUUGAGUUGGAUAGUUUGCCACAAUUAGCGCGUUACGGAGCUUAUGGCCCAGGAGCUAUCUACACCACAGAAGAUUUACGCACUGUCAUUCAGUACGCAAGAUUACGGGGCAUUCGCGUUUUGCUAGAGGUAGACCUGCCGGCUCAUGUUAGUGCAGCGUGGAUGUGGCAGGGCAGAAAUAAAGCUGAUAACAUUGUGUUUUGCUUGAACAACAAACCAUGGACUGAGUAUUGUGACGAACCUCCAUGUGGGCAAUUGAAUCCCCGAAGCGUUUUAGUGUAUACAAUGAUCGAGAAGUUGUACGCGGAAAUUAUUCAAUUAACAGGGGUGGAUGACGUUUUUCAUAUGGGUAACGGCGAUGUAUCACUACGUUGUUGGGCUGAAAAGUUUAAUGCCACCGACCCUAUGGAUCUUUGGCUUGUCUUCACAACUAAUGCACUACAACGGUUGGAAACGGCGAAUGAAAAAUUGCCAAACUUAACGUUGUUCUGGAACUCGAAAAUGAGUGAUCGUAUCAAACCGGAUUUAAAACCCUACUUCCACAAUCUUGGAUUACAAGUUAACGAUUUAGCGUCGUCCCAGAGGUAUAUAAGUGGGUUACGGUUAAUUCUAUCCCAUCAAGAUGCUUGGGAUUUGAAUGACGGCUACAGCAAAUGGUAUGAAGAAACUGGAAACUCAAAUUUCAACUCAUGGCAGAGAGUUUACGAACAUAGGCCGUGGACUAGAAAAGCAAUUAAAUCCUUGGAAGGUGGUGAGGCAACGGUGUGGACAUCCACUUUGAGUAAAGAUGGAUUAGAUUCCAGAAUUUGGCCAAGGGCAGCGGCAUUGGCAGAAAGAUUGUGGUCAGACCGGGCUGAAGCUGCAACUCGACCAGUACACGCAAGACUUGAUUUACAUAAUUUACGAUUAAAACAGCGUGGUAUACAAACAACCCCACUGUGGUCAAAUUGGUGUUCUCAGAAUCCUUACACAUGUUAA